GCGCGUCUCAUCCAAACGCUUCGAUAAUUCCAAAUUCGAAUCUUAAGCAGGAUUGGAUACUCUGUGCUGAAAAAAAAAACAAAGUGAAGUGAUUGUGUGUGUGAACUUUUUAUGCGGAUGUCAAAACUUUUCGAUACCACAUGCUUACAACUAGAUCAACGUUAACCAUGACACACAACAACCCGCUUCGGCGUUUAAAACGAUAAUCACAAUGAUGUACAUAGACGAGAAAGUGUCUGGGCCUGGGGGAGCGUCACAGAAAAACUGGACGCACCUCAACACCAGUAACGAUGAGUUGCCACUGGACAUGCGAUUUAACCAUGGCCACAUGGUGUCCAUUACGGUGUACAGUGUGCUGAUGAUGGUGUCUGCGACUGGGAACUUGACGGUGCUGUCGCAGUUGGUGAAGCGGAGACGUGCUGGCAGAGCGAGCCGGCUGGACGUCUUGCUCAUGCAUUUGGCUGUUGCUGACCUUAUGGUGACAUUCCUGAUGAUGCCCCUGGAGAUAGCCUGGGCGGGCACGGUGCAGUGGCUCGCCGGAGACCUCAUGUGCCGCCUCAUGAUGUUCACGAGGACCUUUGGACUCUACCUCUCCAGUUUCGUACUCAUAUGUAUCGCUGUUGAUAGAUACUACGCAAUAUUGAAACCACUGAACGUAACUUGGGAAGCCAGGGUCCGUAGAGCUUUGCUGACCGCGUGGGUAUGCGCUGGCCUCGCCAGUCUACCACAGAGCUUCAUAUUUCAUUUAGAAGAGCAUCCUGAUGUAAAGGGAUACUUCCAAUGUGUGUCAUACGGCUCGCUGCCAACUGAGCGGCAUGAAUUCGCGUAUUUUCUCCUUAAUAUGGUACUGAUGUACAUCGCGCCCUUGGUCUCUACACUUUACUGUUCAUCAGCUGCAUUAUUGGAGAUUAUACGACGAGCCAACACUUCCAAUGAUAAAAUGCGACGCAGUGGCGUGGGUAUUCUCGGAAGGGCAAGAGCGCGAACGCUGAAGAUGUCAGUGACCAUCGUUCUAGUUUUCUUUACGUGCUGGUCGCCGUACUAUUGCUAUUGUUUAUGGUACUGGAUAGACAAGGACAUAGUGAAUCAUCUAGAUCCGGCAUUCCAAAAGGCGAUGUGGCUUUUCUCUUGCACGAACUCCUGUGCGAAUCCCAUAGUUUACGGUGUGUUUAACAGGAAUCGAUGGAGUUGGCGUUCUGGGCCCCACGCACGUUGUCGCAACGGAAGCAUACGACGAGGCUCCAGGUUUCCACACGGCGACUCCAUGGAGAUUUCAGCGGCCACGCUCGCCCGCGCGAGGUGCUCGCUACACAGCGAAAGGAAUAGCAGGCGAGACUCAACCCGCAGCUUUGUCACGCAAAACGGAACGCAAAAACAUUUGAACAACAAUAAUACCGUUAAUGGUAUCGUUUAGCACGCGUUGUAGUGAUGAUUGUCCGUCGUACCGGUUUUGAAAUAACGGUUAUUAUAACGACAGUGAGACGGUCGUGUAUCUAAUAAUGUUUCGGAAGGAUAUUAUGUAU